GUGCCAUGUUAGCUGAGGCAAAUUUAGGAGUUUAGUCGCGCCUGGUCCAGCGAGAGGGCAAGUUGUAGCUUGAUUGGCUCGCGCUACCGGAAGAGGAGGUGUGUGCACGUCCUGUUGUGUGCCUUUUGAUGUUGUUGUGGUAUAGUUAGCAGAAACAAAGACGUGGCAUGGACUUGUCUUGCCCACAACAGACGGAGAAUGUCAGUAGUUCUGUGGCAUGCAAAUGGAACCUCGCAGAAGCACAACAGAAACUGAACAGCUUAGCCCUUCAUAACUCGGAGUCUAUAGAUCAAGAACAAGCGAAGGCCAAAGCCGAGGUAUCUGAACUUAGGCGCAUAGAAGACGAAUGGAGGCGGAAGGAAGCAGCUUUGCCUCCUGGUGAGAACUGGGGACUGUCCACUGCAGAUGCCCUUAGUCAAGAUGUAUUUAAUAAGAGUUUCAUUAAUCAGGUGAAAAACAUAGAUGAAGAAGAUCAAUCAGCAACUUUUAUACAAAAGUACGAAGGAAAGAUUAGACAUUUUGGUAUGCUCAGUAGAUGGAAUGACAGUCAGAGCUUUCUUUCUGAAUAUCCAGAUCUUGUUUGUGAAGAAACUGCCCAGUAUCUCCUUUUGUGGUGUUACCAUUUAGAGAGCGAGCAGAAGAAAGCUCUCAUGGAACAAGUGGCACACCAAGCUAUUGUCAUGCGCUUUAUCAUUGAAAUGGCAAAGAGUUGUAACGUGGAUCCAAGGGGUUGUUUCCGUUUGUUUUUCCAAAAAGCCAGAAACGAGGAAGCUGGGUAUUUAGAAGCCUUCAGAAGUGAACUGGAGGCAUUUAAAUUAAAAGUUCGUGUGCAUGCUGAAUCCCAAAGACAUGAAGCUGCAGCACAGCAGAAUAUUUCUUUUCCUCCUGAUCCUGGAUGCAUGUAUAUGCAACAAAAUCAUCAACAGGGCAUUGUUCAAUGUCACCAACACAGUGAUUACAACCCCUGCGAGCAAGUAGAAGAUGAGGAUUCUAAGCUGAUGGACAUUCUAUGACGGGCUGUGCUGCAGUGGAGAUGUUAAUGCCACGUGAACUAGUGUGGCUGUAUUCUUAUAAGUGGCACUUACUACUGCUCAAUGCUGCACUUUUAUUUAUUAGAUACAUUUUUGACAGUUUUUCGGCCCGCCUGAAAUUUUGUUUGUGACGUACAGCGUGGACAAUUUGCUGCUAUCCGUCUUACAGGAAAGUGAAAUUGAAUGCUUCUGCUACGAGUAGAAAUUGCCUUCAACCUGCAACAUUUCUUCAUGAGGAAAAGUAUUAAAAACAUGAAUAAAAUAAUAUUAACAGUAAAAUCGAACUGUUUACUUUAGCUGCCCUCAUAUCCUACCCCCUUUCAGUAACUAUCUAGAGUAAUAACCACCGCACAGCCGGGAGUAGUCAUUUACCGUAGCAGCCUGGGCUAUAGUCACCGUUACAACUUGAUGGGGUCACUCACAUUCACAUAUUACUGAAUAUAAUCUAUAAAUUCAGUCACAGUGGGUGGAUACAUAUUGAUUUUAACACUGAAUUUGAGUGAAGUUCUGUUUAUCCAAAUGUUGCAGAAUGCGAGAGACACGUGCCUGAGUAUUAAAAUGUAAGAGAACAAAAGAUGUUGAUAUAUUUGUAACAUGAUUCUUAUUUGAUAUGGCAAAAUAAUUUCUAAAUAAAUACAUAAAAAUGUA